AGGGCUGCAGCCGCGCCUAACCCUUGCUGCGGAGACUUUUACAACUAAAGACAACAGCUUGGAAAGUGUUUUUCAGUGGAUUUUCAUGAGAAUUUAACGGUGAGAAGAAGAGGAGAAAGGGGAGGGGCGCGCGGUGUGAGCUGAUGGACUGUGACUGAGAUAGCACUCGUAGUUUGGGCUCCCUCAUCCUCCGCUCGGACGCACGAGACGGAUCGGUCAUCUUGUCUCUGGAUGAUGUAACUAUGACACACCGGAAUAGGAUCAGCAGUGAAAAGUUUUUACGUUUUUCUUAAAUUAACAGCCACUGAUAAAAGAGGAAAGAGGCAUUUGUUCCGGACCGGUUUCGCUCAGCGGGACAUUGCGCAGUAACUCGACUGGCUCUACCCCGGUGAGCGGAGGAGCAGUCAUGUGGCAGAGCGUUCAGAUCUGCGGUGCACUGUUUGUCCUGCUCGCUCUGUCCCGUGCUGCGCCACCCCCCGCACACAUCAACCGUCUGGCCCUGUUUCCCGACAAGAGCGCCUGGUGCGAGGCCAAGGACAUCACCCAGAUCGUGGGGCACACAGGCUGCCAGCCGCGCUCCAUCCAAAACAGAGCGUGCCUGGGCCAGUGCUUCAGCUACAGCGUCCCCAACACGUUCCCACAGUCUACAGAGUCCCUGGUCCACUGCGACUCCUGUAUGCCCGCUCAGACACAGUGGGAAGUGGUAACUCUGGACUGCCCUGGCAAUGAAGAGACCCCUCACGUGGACAAACUAGUAGAGAGGAUCUUCCACUGCAGCUGCCAGUCCUGCAGUAAAGAGGGCAGCCAGGAGGGGGCACUGAUGCAGCUCUAUUCACCGGACAACGGCCUGGACUCUCCGUCUUUGCCUGAUUCUCUCUUAGGGCUCCACUCACACCCUCUCCCUGACGCAGACACACACGUCCAUAUACAGGCAGACCACCACACGCUGCCACACACUUCAGAUGGAGGUUAAAGACAUAACUAUAUGUUACUAUAUGUUCCUUUAUAUUUCACUUCAAUGAGCAUCAACUGUAUCAAACUGUACUAUGGGCACCUUUUCCAAGCAACUUUACACACCCAGCCACUUUCAAGCUCCCACAAUGCACCUAUGUAUAAAGUUAAGUUGUACAAACCACUGAUUACAUUACAUUUGUUUAUUUUUGCAUCAAGACACGACUAUAAGAUGUAGUCUCAUUCAAUCGCUUAAAUGCAAUAAAUUCUAUUCUUGUUAUACAUCUGA